UCUAAUCAAUGCUGUAAGAUCGAAGAAAGCGGGAUGCUUUGGCGCCGGUCGGGUGAGCAGUGACCUCUUCUCCGCCGCAUCAUCGUCGCCGGAACCCUAGAUUUGGGAGGGAGUUCUACCUUGAUGAUGUACAGACAAAUGAAGUGAAGGUUAAAACAGUGAGAGAACCAAAUAAAAGGAGUUCAUGGAGAUGGAUACUGUAGCGCCGGUGGAGAAAGUGAAAGAAAUAUCAGAUCCACUGGAAAAUGAAGGUGAUGUUGAAGUGAAGAAUUCUGAGGAGAAGGAGUUGGCAAAGUUGAACAUGCAAAAUGAAGCAACAAAAGAUGUUGACCCAAAGGAUCAUCGAAAGGAAGAUGGCAUUUCUGAUGUUAAUCAAGGUGAAGGGGAAGACGUAGGAAAGGAGGAACCAGAGAGUUCUGAAGAAGAGAAUGGAAGUGAUUCAGAUGAUAUGUUUAUUGACGACUCUGACAGUGAACACUUUCCAUCAUUUGAGAAUGAUGACGAACCAAAUGCUGAGGUGCCCCUCACUGAGGAAGAAAUUGAAGAGCUUGUUGCGGAGUUUUUGGAAGUUGAGAGCAAGGCAGCAGAAGCCCAAGAAUCACUUGAGAAGGAGAAACUCGCACAGGUGGAAAGUGAUGUAAGGGCAGAGCUGGCUGAGUGUCUUCAUGGGGAUGAACUGGAAAAGGCUGUUUCAACUGAAAUGGGUACUCUCAUUAAACAAUGGGAGACUGUGCUUGAUGAUUUGGAGACUCAGAGUGCUCUCUUAUUGGAACAACUUGAUGGCGCUGGCAUUGACCUUCCAAGUCUCUACAAGUGGAUUGAGACUCAGGCUCCAGAUGGUUGUUGCACUGAAGCCUGGAAGAAAAGAGCUCAUUGGGUUGGCUCUCAGGUGACUGAAGAACUAAACCAAUCGGUUAAAGACGCAGAAGAAUACCUUCAAUCCUCCCGGCCAGUAAGAAGACAACAUGGUAGACUGCUGGAGGAAGGUGCUAGUGGGUUUUUAGCAAGAAAAUUAACUAUUGAAGAAAGUAGGGGAGACACAAAGGAAAACUCUGAGAAAGAUUGGCAUUCAUUCAGCGAGCUUUUUCAAUCUCAUAAUUGUGGUGAGGGCACUUCAUUUGGUGGAAAGGAAUGGGCAUCCGUUUAUCUUGCCAGUACUCCUAGGCAAGCUGCAAGUUUGGGGCUUAAGUUGCCUGGUGUUGAUGAGGUGGAGGAGAUUGGGGACAUUGAAUGCAACUUUAAUGAUCCUUUCUAUGCAGAUGCAGUUGCAAACGAGAAAGAAAUUGAUCUUUCUGAAGAACAAAAGAGAAACUUCAGGAAGGUGAAAGAAGAGGAUGAUGCAAAGGAUACGAGGAAGUUGCAACAUCACUUGAAGCAGAGGAGAAAAAGAAACAGCCAGGUGCCAAAAGUGGUUGAAGGGAUGAUGCUGUUGAAUGGUCUUUCUCAACCACUCACUGGAAAGCCUACUACUGUAAAUGGUGAAAGUUCUGACAAUUACUGCAAUGCCAUUGUCCAAAACCUAAAUGCUGACACAACUUCCAAAGGAACUGAUAAUGUUAAUUCCAAGCGCUCACGAGAUAAUGAAGUUUUGGAAGCUGAAAUGAAAAAGUCUCGUAUUGAGGUAAUAGAUAUUGAUGAUGAGGUGCAAGUGAUGGAAAAAAAAUCUUCGCAUAUUUCUCAUGAACCAAAUGGUCAUUUGCAACACAAGGAAAUGAUUGAUAUUAUAGACGUUGAGAUUCUUCCAUCACCUAAUCCAAAGGGCCCUAGGUUUAAGGAAAUAAAGGAUUCUGAAAACUUUCAUUGCACUGCUUGUUCCAACUGGCUGAAAGCUUCUGAAGUCCUCAAGCAUCCCCUUUUGGCAGUCAUUAUUUGUGGAAGUUGUAAAGCCUUUGUAGAAGAUAAGAUCCAAAUCAAGGAAUCAUUUCCUUCAGCCACUUAUUGCAGUUGGUGUGGAGAGAACAAGGACCUGAUAGGUUGUAAUUCAUGCAAAAGUUUAUUCUGCACUCAAUGUAUAGCUCGGAAUUUGGGUGAUGAAUGUCUGUCUGAAGCUAAAUCUGGUUGGAAAUGUUGCUCCUGUUCACCAAGUCUAUUGCAUAAUCUCAUUUCUCAAUGUGAAGAAGUUACUCAAGAUCGUAUGGCAUCUAGUUCUGGGAGUGGUUCUGAAUUUUCUGACGCUGAAAUUGAUAUGCAAUUGAGCCAUAAGAAGAGGAGGAAAAGAAAGAUCAGAAGAAUUCUCGAUGAUACAGAACUUGGAGAAGAAACCCAAGAAAAAAUUGCAAUUGAAAAGGCUCGACAAGAACAUCUGAAGUUGAUGCAAGAACAAUCUGCUGUGAAAUCGUGGAAUAAGAAUGCAACAAGCUCGAAUGGCAUUGCAACAGAAGAAGCCACUGUGGGACUGCUAGGUGAUGCUUCAGAAGGGUAUAUUGUGAAUGUAGCUAGGGAAGAAGAUGAGGAACCAGUAAGAAUUCCUCCGAGUAUGUCUGCUCGGUUGAAACCACAUCAGGUUGCAGGGAUACGAUUUAUGUGGGAGAAUAUUAUACAAUCUGUCAGAAAGGUUAAGUCUGGGGAUAAAGGUCUUGGAUGCAUUUUGGCACAUACAAUGGGUCUUGGAAAAACCUUUCAGGUUAUAGCAUUUUUAUAUGCUGCCAUGAGAAGUAUCGAUCUAGGAUUAAGAACUGCGCUUGUUGUUACACCUGUAAAUGUGCUUCAUAACUGGUAUCAGGAGUUCUUGAAGUGGAAACCUCCCGAACUUAAGCCUCUUCGUCUCUUUUUGUUGGAGGAAAUUCCCAGGGAGAAAAGAGCACAUUAUCUUGUAAAGUGGAGGGCCAAGGGUGGUGUUCUUCUAAUUGGUUAUGCUGCUUUCCGAAACAUGUCCCUUGGACGACAUGUGAAGGACCGAAACAUAGCAACUCAAAUUUUUCAGGCCUUGCAUUAUGGCCCUGAUAUUCUAGUCUGUGAUGAGGCCCAUAUGAUAAAAAAUACAAAGGCUGACAUUACCCAAGCUUUGAAACAAGUGAAGACCCAAAGGAGGGUUGCAUUGACUGGAUCACCAUUGCAGAACAAUCUAAUGGAAUACUAUUGUAUGGUUGAUUUUGUGAGGGAAGGAUUUCUUGGCAGUAGCCAUGAGUUUCGAAACCGGUUUCAGAACCCCAUAGAGAAUGGGCAACAUGCAAAUUCUACAUCAGAUGAUGUGAAAAUUAUGAACCAAAGGUCUCACAUCCUUUAUGAACAACUAAAGGGAUUUGUCCAAAGAAUGGGCAUGAAUGUUGUGAAGAAAGACUUGCCUACAAAGAGCGUUUUUGUAAUUACCGUAAAGCUUUCUCCAUUGCAAAGAAGGAUGUAUAAAAAAUUUUUAGAUGCACAUGGGUUCACAGGUGACAAAGGUUCUUCUGAGAGAGCACUUCGGCGGAGUUGCUUCUUUGCUGGUUAUCAAGCAUUAGCUCAGAUAUGGAACCAUCCUGGGCUCUUGCAAUUGGCUAAAGAACAUAAAGCUAACUUAAGAAGAGAGGAUGCUGUUGAGAACUUUCUUAUUGAUGAUGGAUCUAGUGAUGACAAUAUGGACAAUGGUGAUCUUCUGACUGCAGAGAGGCAGAGGGCCAGGAGUGAGCUCAUGUCUAAGAAAGACGAAAGUAUCUUCGACAAUGAGGAAUCUGAUUGGUGGGAAGAUCUUUUAGAAGAAAAAAUUUACAAGGAAGUUGAUUUUAGUGGUAAAAUGGUCUUGUUACUUGACAUCCUCACGAUGAGCGCUGAUGUUGGUGAUAAAGCACUGGUUUUCAGCCAAAGUUUAACAACUCUAGACCUAAUAGAGUUGUAUCUAUCUAAGUUACCCCAGAGAGGACGGGAAGGGAAGUUUUGGAAACCAGGCAAAGAUUGGUAUAGGUUAGAUGGAAGGUCAGCUGGUUCUGAAAGACAGAAGAUUGUUGAGAGAUUUAAUGACCCCGGAAAUAGGAGGGUCAAAUGCGUAAUAAUAUCAACUCGGGCUGGAUCAUUGGGUAUCAACCUUCAAGCGGCUAACCGUGUUAUUGUUGUUGAUGGUUCAUGGAACCCUACCAAUGACCUGCAGGCCAUAUUUCGGGUUUGGAGGUUUGGGCAAAAUAAACCCGUUUUUGCUUACCGGCUACUUGCUCAUGGAACCAUGGAAGAGAAGAUAUAUAAACGACAGGUGACCAAAGAAGGACUUGCCGCAAGGGUAGUGGAUAGGCAACAAAUUCAUAGAACCAUGUCCAAAGAGGAAAUGCUGCAUCUCUUUGACUUUGGUGGUGAUGAUGAGAAUACUGAUAUUCUUGAAGAGAAUCAAGAAAAUCCCACUGUGCCCAAUCAGGAUGGUUCUUGUGAAACAGGGUGCUUGCCAAUGCAGAAAUCCUUACCUCCACCAAAUGCUAUUUCUGACAAGUUCAUGGAAAGCUUAGUCAGCAGACAUCAUCCACGAUGGAUUGCAAAUUACCAUGAACAUGAGAGCCUUCUGCAAGAGAAUGAAGCCGAGCGGUUAUCCAAAGAGGAACAGGAUUUGGCCUGGCAAAGUUUCCAGCAAUCAUUGGAGUGGGAAGAGGUCCGCAGAGUUACAUAUGACGAUCCAUUACCGGUAGAGAAAAAGGCGAAUGUAUCAGUUCCAUCUGAAAGCAAUGCCUCUCAACAAUCCAAAGCUAACUCGAGAAAUCGAUCAUCUCAUCAAAGGAAGUGCACAAACCUGGCUCAUUUACUAACCCUUCGAAGCCGGGGCACCAAAUCUGGUUCGACCACCAUUUGUGGUGAGUGCUCCCAGGAAAUCAGCUGGGAAAAUCUCAAUAGGGAUGGGAAAUCUAGGUGAGAAUGAUCAUCUGUCUAUAUUUCUAUUAACCUUUUAUUUUUGUAAAUCUUUUGUCAUGAGCUUGUGGUGAUUCCUUGAUCAGGGCCAUUUAUAUUAAUGUAAAAAAAAAAAUCUAGUAGUGAAAAGAAAGCUUUUAAAGGUCUUACCAGAGUUUUUCUUU